AUGGAGUCUACAACUUCAGGUUUUGAUGAACAUCAGAAUCUUUCAGACCUGUCGAAAAGAAAUAAUAAAGAUAAUGUUCAAGAGGAUGUGGUAGAUCAAAUUGACGAUAACAAAACCCAAAUAAAUGAGAAAAAGAACGUUUGUGCUAAAAAUCACCUUGGAUUUGGCAAUAUACUGGUAAAAAUCGAACCAAUUCUUGGUCCUCUUCUUAUUACAAUAUUAUCCUUUGUAGUAAGAUUUUAUAAAAUUGAUAGAAACAAGAAUGUCGUUUGGGAUGAAGCUCAUUUUGGUAAAUUUGGCUCAUAUUAUAUCAAACAUGAAUUUUAUCAUGAUGUACAUCCACCUUUAGGUAAAAUGUUAAUCGCAUUAAGUGAAUGGCUAGCAGGAUUUGAUGGUGAUUUUGAUUUUGAAUCAAAUACAGCUUAUCCUGCUGGCGUAGAUUUUAAGUUUAUGAGACAAUUCAAUGCAACAUUUGGUGCAUUAUGUGCACCAGUCACUUAUUACACUGCCAAAUGGAUGGGUUUUAAUAUUUUAACUGUUUAUUUGGUAUCCAUUAUGGUGACUUUAGAACUGUCAUAUAUUGCGUUAUCAAAGUUUAUUUUAUUAGAUUCAAUGUUACUAUUUUUUACUAUGACAACUUUUUCUUGUAUGGUUAAAAUUUAUAAUUUGAGAAACAAACCAUUCACACCACAAUGGUCCAUAUGGAUGCUUUUAACUGGUAUUAACAUUGGAUGCGUAUGCUCAGUGAAAUGGGUAGGUUUAUUUAUAACUGUUAUUGUUGGGUUAUACACAAUCGUGGAACUAUGGGCUCUCUCAUGUGAUGCUACGUUAUCAAGAAAGAAAUAUUACAAACAUUGGUUGAUCAGAAUAAUUGAUUUAAUAAUAAUACCAUUUUUAGUUUAUAUGAAUUGUUUCAAAGUUCAUUUCUCAUUACUGUAUAAGUCAGGAACGGGUGAUGCAUCAACAAAUACAUUAUUUCAAGUCAAUCUCGAAGGGACACAGAUUGAAAACAGUCCAAGAACAGUUAUGUUUGGCUCCGAUGUCACAAUUCGUUCUCAUGGUUUAAGCCCAAACCUGUUACAUUCUCACAUUCAAACUUAUCCGGUAGGAUCAUUACAGAAUCAAAUUACUGGUUAUGGGUUUUCUGACGAAAAUAAUAAAUGGACUUUUAAAUUUGCUAGAGAAGAUGGUAUAUUCUUUGAUUCUAACAAUAAAACUGUAAAUGGAGAACUAAUAGCUGUAAAGGAUGGUGACACUGUCAGAUUAAAUCAUAAAAGUACUAUGAGAAAUUUACACUCGCACUAUGUGGCUUCUCAUGUAUCACAAGGUAAUUUUGAAGUCUCUGGUUAUGGAACUGACGAGGGGGGUGAUGCAAAAGACAAUUGGAUCAUCGAGAUCGUUCAACAAUUAAAAUCAAACAAUCCUGACUUUCAUCAAGAAGAUUCAGAAAAUAUACAUCCAGUUUCCACUUUUUUUAGACUGAGACAUCAAGAAUUAGGUUGUUAUUUAGCCUCUACAGGAUUUUCGUAUCCAGGUUGGGGUUUUAAGCAAUCCGAAAUUGUUUGCAAGAACUCUUGGUCUAAGCGUGACAAAUCGACAUGGUGGAAUGUGGAAGAUCAUUGGAAUGAUAUGCUGGAAAUUGAAGAUGACUAUGUUCCACCAAAAUCUAAAUUUUGGACUGAUUUUAUUCUAAUUAAUUUUGCUAUGGCUGCAUCAAACAAUGCUCUAAUUCCCGAUGAUGAUAAAUACGAUAAUUUGGCAUCAGAACCUUGGGAAUGGCCAACAUUACAUAUUGGGUUACGUAUGUGCACUUGGGCUCAUGAUGUAUACAGAUACUAUUUAAUUGGAUCUCCAUUCAAUACAUGGCUUUCAACAGCUUCACUUUUUGUUUGCAUAAUAAUUUUGGCAUAUACAUUAUAUGAAUGGAGAAGACAAAAGAUUCAUCUAAAUGAAAACAACAUAUGGAAGCUAUCCAUACAAUUUGUUUUCCCUUUUAUUGCAUGGGUCACUCAUUUUGUGCCAUUUCUGAUAAUGGGAAGAGUUACAUAUGUUCAUCAUUAUUUACCUGCACUUUAUUUUUCUAUGUUAGUGUUUGCAUCCACAGUCGACUAUUUGUUGAGCGGUAGUAAAACAUACAUCAAAUAUCCAUCUUAUCUAAUAUUAUUUGGUAGUUGUAUCUACAUUUACAUCAUAUUUGCUCCACUUUGUCAAGGUAUGACUGGAUUUAAUAAUGAAGACUUGAAAAAGAUCUCAUGGUUAUCAUCUUGGGAUUUCAAUUUCUAA